AUGGGUAUGCGAGGAUUGACCGCCGUCGGCGUGCCGCCGCAGCCUCACUGGCUCCUGUACAUCAAGGUGGCCGUCCUGGUCCUCGCCGUCAUUGUCAUUGCGCUCGCCGCCUGGGCCAUGUCCCUCUAUAACGGCGGGUAUCCUGGCGGCUUUGCUGGCGGUAUGGAUCACUUCAUCGCCAUCCUGAGUUUUGCCGUCUAUGGCAGCGCGAUCGGGCUGGAAUUCGCGGCGCCCCGGUUCUUCUACCGCAUCGUCUAUCUCGUUGGCUACGGCCUCACCGUCAUCUUUUGGCUUGCCGCCUGGGCGUGGUCCGCGAGCUCUGCCUCGGCCUGGAUCAGUUGGAGCGCCCAGAUCGGCGGUGCGCUCGCUGGCUGCGCUGCGCUUGGUGCUGUGGCCUGGAUAUUGACAAUGGUGCACCUCGCCCGCUUCAUCCGGGCUUGCACUGCAGAUACGGUCAGCUCUGGUCAGGCUCCUUCCGGUGCUUGA